CACAUUUUUUUAUUCCUAGGGUUUUCAUUCACACCCAAACACACCAUUUUCCUACUUCCUUUGUUUUCGCUUGUUUGCUGAGAAUUUGGAGGGCCAGGUCUCCUUGUAUUGUGGAAGAGUUUAGCCAUGUUUGAUCGGUUUUGUAACUUUGGGGAGGACUCCUCAUCCUUCUCAGGCUCAAAUUCAUAAUGUAAUUUAAAGAGGAUAAGCUUAAAAACAAUAUAUAUCGCAGAUAUUUUUUCUUGUACCUUUUGGCUAUGGCCAACAAUUAAGUUUUGCAUCAGAAAGUUUCUCCAGAAGCAAGAGAAGAAGAACGAUACAUCUUUAUAUACAGGAAGGGAUGGAUGACAUUAUGGGGAAGGCUCUUAAAGAAAUAGAGGUCGUUAAAAUGAUGAUUGCUAACGAGGAUUACAUGGGUGCCAGAACCAAGUUACAUGAACUGCGGCAUCAUUUUCCAGCUCUUGAUGGCAUCUCAGGGAUGAUCACUGUCUGUGACAUACUAUCCUCUGCAGGCUAUGGGUUCUUAGGUUGUGGGACCAACUGGUAUUGGGUGCUUCAGAUAAUGAGAGCUGCAGGUGAAGCUGACAUUCGAUACCAGUUUCAUAAAUUUAAGAGACUUUUGGAUCCCAUCAAGACUAGCUUCCCUGGCACUGAAUCUGCUCUGAAGAUGAUUCAGGAUGCAUUUUCUGUGCUUUCAGACCCAGAGAAGCGUGCAGUGUUUGAUUUGGAUUUGGAUUCAACUUUAGAAUGCGGAUUUGUUGGAGAGAAUCUUGUUCACAAGGAAGAUAUUGCACAAAUUUCUGUCAGGUGUAGUAAAUCUGUUUGUGAUACCAGUGAUGGAAUCAAUGAAGAGAGCAAUUCAAAAGAAUGUUCUUUAAAGAGGAUAAUAAAUCAAGAUCUUCUUGGCAAAAUGGAUCUUCACAAUGCUGGAAUGCCUACUCAAGCUGAGUUGAUUAAUGGGGUUUAUGAUCUCAUAGAGGAGAGGGACGUUCAUGAUCCUGAAAUACCUGCCCAGAUUGAGGUCACAAAUGGGAUUCAUGCUGAUGAUGAACAGAGGAAGGUGACCUGCACACAGGAAAGAAGCAUGAUUUCUGCUUGUGUGAAGAGGAGAAUUACUGUAGGAACUGAGAAAACUGCAAACAGCAUGUCCUCCUCCGUAGUUUCUGAUUGUUCUAGUGAUAAGUCAUCUUGGUCUGUGAAAUCGAAGGUUGGUAAGAAUUGUUUUCCAGUUUUUUACAAUUUUGAGUAUAUCAGAAAACCCCAAUUAUUCACAGUUGGCCAGGUUUGGGCUACUUAUGAUGAUGAGAACAUGCCUCGAAAGUAUGCUCGGAUUAAUAGCAUAUAUAAGUUUCCUUUUAGGUUGCACAUCAGUUGGCUGAUACCUGCACCAGUUACUGCACAUGAGAGAAGAUGGUGUGAGGUGGGUUUGCCUGUUGUGUGUGGAUUUUUUAAUGUGGAUAGGAAUGAAACUGUUGUUACUGAACCAAAAAAAUUUUCCCAUAUGAUCAACUGUUUUGCAAGUCCAAAUGAGCAACUUCAAAUUUAUCCCCAAAAUGGCGACAUUUGGGCAAUGUACAAAGAUUGGAAACCAUUUGAAUGGUGCUCUAAUCCUGAAGCUAGAAAAGGCUGCAUUUUACGGAUGGUUGAAAUCAUUGCAGGUUGCUCCAACCCAACUGGUGUUAUGGCUGCAGGCUUGGUGAAAGUAGAAUGGUUUAAAAAUGUCUUUCAAAGAUUCACAAACAAUGGAAAUGAGUAUUCUUUUCCCAUCCCUGCAAAAAAUUUCUUUGUGUUCUCUCAUAAAGUUCCAGCAUUUAGAUUCACCGGUGGAGAGAUGGAUAGAAUCUCCAAUGGGAUGCUUGAACUAGACCCUUUGGCUGUUCCUGAUGUUCUAGACUGUAUCAUGGCCAAACCAGUAGAAGGGAGUUCAAGUGGUUCUCCCACCUUCCUUCACAGCUGUCCUAUUCCUCCUGUGCCGGAAUCAUUGAAUUGGAAAUGGUCAGCCAACAAUUUUGCUUCAAAUCAAAUAUGGGCUGUAUAUGUUGGUCCUGAUUCCAUGCCUCGGAAAUAUGUUGUAGUAAACAAUGUGGUUUCAGGGUCUGAAGUGUGUGUGACAUUCUUGGAGCCUCAUCCCAAACUAGAUAACGAGGUCUACUGGGUUGGUGAGAAGUUGCCAUUUGUUUGUGGGUCAUUUAGAGCUGGUAAAACCACUAUCAACUUGGGGAUGUCUAGGUUCUCACAUAUGGUGAAGUGUGAGUAUAGCACAAACGGGUUUUCUUAUGGAAUAUAUCCAAAGAAAGGCGAAAUUUGGGCAAUGUACAGAAACUGGAACAGCAAAUGGAAGCAAUCUGACUUAAGUUAUUACCAGUGUUGUAUUGUUGAGAUUGUUACAGAUUUCUCUGAGGAAUCUGGGUUGAUGGCAGCCCGCUUAGUUGAGGUCCCAGGUUACACAACUUUCUUUAAGAGACAGGUGUUUGAUGGGUUUGAGAUGAUCCGAACCAUUCCAAGAGCAGAAAUGCUCAGUUUUUCUCACCGGAUAGCAGCAUUUACUGUUCCGGGAGUUGAAAUCCAUGGUAUUCCUGAAGACUCUUGGCACCUGGAGCCUGAUGCAUUGCCUCCCAAUCUCAGCAACGAGUUAAAGCUUCAAAGGAGGUCAUCUUAGAGCUUGAGUAAUUUCCUCCUUGAAUGGGAGAAAUAUAAUCUUUAUUCAGUAUCUUCAAAUGUUCAUAUAACACUAUGUUGAGACACAGCUCAGGCGAUGACACUCUUUUGGAACUUGGAAUUCUUUCCAUGGGCGGUUUGCUGCUUGCUAACGUGGAUAUCACUCAGGCUUGCCUUCUCAUUUAGUGUACUUGAUUUGAAUAAUUUAUUUUAACUCGGAAUCAAAUUUCUAAACUUAUAGCUCAUCUUCAUUUUUGGAAUUGAUGACAUUAAUUCAAGAAGCCAUUUUCAUU